AUGGUUAGUACAAUUUUUCCUCAGACGCCGGACGACCUGGUACAGCCGGAAGAGCCUGUGUUCAAGUAUGAAUUUGCCAAUCUCCCUGAUCCACCCAUCGACUGGGUUUUUCUCAAUGUCAGGUUCGGGACUAUUGCGAAUGGAACAUUCCGCACUCUCAAGUUGGCGCAGACGAAGGUCUUGAUGAAACAUUAUUUCUGGGGAAUUCGGUGGGGGGAUCCCAAACCGACCAGUAAAACAAGCAGAAAGGCGCACAAUCUCAAAACUAUGCUAACCACCCUGUGGAAACUCUUCUAUCAUAUGCAAGAGAUACAUCGCCCAAAGUCCUUCGACGAUGUACUCAAUAUUUAUCGAGAUAGUGGGCCUCGAUUGCUGAGAUACGACCUCACUCCACGCCCAGAGCCUAUCAGUCGAUGGUUCAUAGAAACACCACAUAGUCAAACAGUCCUUUUGCCAGCCUAUUCUCGCCCUGAUAAUGCACCCUUAGAUUUGACCGACAUAGUUCUCCAGCAAUAUCUGUAUUCGCCAGACAGUUUCAAUCCGCCAGCCUCGCCCAAUCAGCAAAUCCAACCCGAGCUGCCAAUGCAGCAGCCUCCUACCAACACGCAACUGAUUUCGAGUUUCAACUUUUCACCACCAGCUCCUCCCCAGCAACAGGACCAGAGCCUCGAAACCAUUGCUUCGGAUUUAUUGAGAGGCGAGCAAGCGACAGAUCCUACACAAAAACGACCUGCUACAGGGCUGGAAACUUCCCCCAGCAAGCGAAGGCGAGAUGUUUCUCCCGGUGCUCCUGCUUAUAGGGCCCCUGGUCCUGGUGAUCAACCUGUACAAGCUCUUCCUGAACCUGUCUUCCCUACUCGAAAUGUCUUAGAAUGGGGCUGGAUGCCUGGGUUGCAUCCCGAACAUGUUGCCCCUCCCAUCGGCGAGCAACAACUUGGCCCCAUCGUACCGGCCGGUGAACCUGUUUAUGAAAAGCGAAUCGUCUCCGAGGCAAUUGAAAAGGCCUUGAUGCAUAUCGUAUAUGCUGAUCUGGACCGUGACCCCAGUAUACCUAUUCGCAAAGAACCUGUCAAGUAUCGGACAGCACACUCUUAUGAUGACUUGCUUGAUAUGAAAAUCGGAGCUUUCAGCACCACUGCGAGCGUGAGGCUGUCACCGAUCACGUUUGAGUGGGAUCCCAAUGGGGCCGUUUUUCCACUUCGUGGUCGUGGUCCUGUCUGGAGUGGCAACUCUUGCGCCACCGACUGUGCGAUUGUAGCAGGGAUGCUGUUGGAUGUCGGGUGCACUAAAAUUGAUCGUGCCAACAAUCGAAUAUCCGAGUUCACGCAAAAUGAAUGUGCAUACAUUGAGUCCACAAAUGCGGCCUGGGAUACUUUCGAUAAGUCCACAUCCACGCGUGUACGUGACCAGUUUCUUCAAUUUUUCUUAAAUGGGCAACAUCAUUUGAAAAUGGGAGAGCCUAUUCCACCUUGGGCAGUAUGGUCCCAGGUCACGAAAAACUUCGCUCAGUUCCGUUACCAUCACAUUGAGCGUGUGACGCCUUGCAAAUGCCAAGGGGCUCAACCGUUUAUCAACUCCCACCAGGGCUCUUGUAUCUUGCCGGGAUAUCGAAAAGGCGAUGAUAAAGGAGUGAGUACUGGUACUUUGAUUGAGAGAUGUUUCUAUGCGCAGAAGUCAUUCCCCUGCACGAAUUGUGGAGAUGCGAUUGGUGUCACUGGAGAAAGAAAGAUCGGCCAACUCCCACUGCGUCUGGUGAUGACUUUCGAUAACAAGACGAGAUUGAAGAAUCACACUCAGAACAUCAAAUUCAGAUAUGUCGAUUAUGAUAACAACAAGCAAGUGGCGCAUUAUCGCUGGCUUGGUGGCAUCUAUAACAAUGAACUGCAUGCUCGUCUCUAUUGGACCGACUCCAAAAGAGGUGAGACAGAUGGAAGCAAUAUCAUGAUGUACGAUAGUGAGCUGAACGGGGGAGUUAUUGUCGGCGGAGUCCCUCCUUUCAAGUCAGAUGAUCGAGUGCCCUUGGAAUGGGUAAAUCACAAGUCUAUUCCGCUUCUCUUUUACGAACGAAUCAUGGAUCCCUCCAGGGAGCUUUUGGCCACAGCCCACAACGCCGUGUAUGACAUGGGAAACAUUCUUGGAAGAAACCAGAACGUCCUCGAAGCGCAUGUCCCUUGGAGUUCAGCGACGGUUCAGCCACAGGAGGAGCUAUGGGGCCGCUAUUUGCCUGUUGAUGGUCAGCAGUUCAACGACUACAACCCAACCUGGGCGGGAAACUCCGAAAAUCUAUUCCAGCCCUUCCAGCCACAACGUGACUCAGCAGGUAAUACGAUGAUUGAUCCGGCUGCCCUCGAUCCAUCGGUCAUCGAUCCAGCACUCCUGAACCCUGCUCUUUACUCCACCACCACACCUCCAACUUUCGAUAUUUCUUUUCUUAAUGAACCUAUAACCCAACAAGAGUACGCGGAGACCGUGGCUGCGGCCGCGACAGAGAAUUCUCAGCCUGAUCCCGAAGAUAGGUUCAAGAAUCACAUGUUCGGCUCUAUGCUUGAAACCCCGGACUGGCUCUCUGAGAAUCCCGUGCUCUGGCCUUCUGGUACACCAGGCCAGGAAGGAGCUCUGGAAUUCCCCGAUCUUCCUACGCGGCAAUCACCAAGACAAAGACCGCGUCGCAGCAGAUCGGCGCAAUCUGAUAUCACUAUGCCGGAUGCAGAUGAGUUUGCCCCUGGUAGUCGGCUAUACAGGUAUACUACUAUGUUCAAGACGGCUCUAAUGCUCAGUAAAACCAUGGAUCCGCGGCUGAAAGCGGCAUACAAAGCUAAGGAGAAUUUCAAGUAUGAAACGGAGCUCAAUGAGUACAUGUACAAAGCUGCAACCGCUUUUUACCAACAGAAGGAAAAUGAGCGGAGACAGGAGAGGCUGGAUUUGGAGGAGAGGCAGAGAAAAGCCCAUAAGGAAUACGAACUUGCGAAAGAGAGACAAGUGAGAAAGCAGCAAAAUUACGAUCUGGCACGGAAAACGAGGCCAGAGGCGGCAGAAGAAAGACGGCAGAGGAACCAGCGCGAGCAAGAGGCCAAGGAAUACGCAAGGCUAAAAGAGCAGGAGACGCCAGAGGAGCGACAAGUGAGAAAAAGGCGAAAGCAAGAUGACUACAAGAAACAGCAACAGGCGCUUGAGAAGACAAAGCCAACUACUAUCCAGAUUCCUCGAACUCCAGGACUAGUGCCAUCAACUGCAAAACCGAUGAGCCUAGUGACUCCAGAGCCAUGUUCAGGGGCUGCAACUCCAAAGCGUUUGAGUGAGACAUCGAAAUAUGUAACGGUGCAUACGACAGGAGCGAGCGCGUUUUCUGACGCCGCUGAGAUAAGGAGACAGCAAAACAUUGAGAAGAGAGAGGUGAAGAAGAGAACAGAUGCCUCGAAGAUGAGAAACCAACAUGCGCAAGAUAAAGAGGAGGACAGGAGGAGAAGCAGAAAGAAGGAUGAUGAUCCUACAUGGAAACCUGACGAUGAGGAGGAUUCGGAUCCCGAUUAUUGA